AUGAGGUUGUCACUUUCAAUCCCGCUCGUUUUGGCUGCUCGAGCUUGUGCUGACGAUGGCGAGCACAUUCAACCAUUACCGGCAGCAAAAGAACAUGCCCCAAAUGAACCCCGUGAUGUUUCCAUCAACGGAUUUGCCGAUGGCAUCUACGAUCAAUUGUUCGAGUGGGCAGACGUUGAACCUGGUAAUGAGGUUGCCGAAAUGGUUAAACGAGAAACCACAGAGGAUCUCGAUGCCGGCGAGACUGAUGUGCCUUCGGAAGCGCCAAUCACCGCUGCACCUACGACAACCACCGCUGACAACCCAUACGCCACUUAUCCUUCUGUUGCAAGAACCGCUUCCAUCAACGGAUUCGCCGACAGGAUCUACGACCAGUUGCCAGAGUGUGCCAAGCCAUGCAUGUUCCAAAACACAGGAAUCACACCAUGUCCAUACUGGGACACGGGAUGUCUCUGCAUCAUGCCCCAGUUCCAAGGCUUAGUCGGACAAUGUAUCGCUGACAACUGUCGUGGCGAGGAUGUGCUCGACGCUAGAUCGUUGGCUACCUCUAUAUGUUCCAGUGCAGGAGUCUGGGAUCCAUACUGGAUGCCACCAGCAAGCAUCAGCUCAUCAUUAGAGUACGCUGCCACUGCUGUCUUCACUACUGAAGAACCUUCCUUUUCUGAUGAAGAACUAGUUGAACCCGAAACAUCUGAGGCACCAGAAGAGCCUGUAGAGAGUUCAACUGAGCCAUUAAUCACCACUGCACCUACGACCACCACCACUGACAACCCAUACGCCACUUACCCUACUGUUGCAAGAACCGCUUCCAUCAACGGCUUCGCCGACAGGAUCUACGACCAGUUGCCAGAGUGUGCCAAGCCAUGCAUGUUCCAAAACACAGGAAUCACACCAUGUCCAUACUGGGACACGGGAUGUCUUUGUAUCAUGCCCCAGUUCCAAGGCUUAGUCGGACAAUGUAUCGCUGACAACUGUCGCGGUGAAGAUGUGCUCGACGCUAGAUCGUUGGCUACCUCUAUAUGUUCCAGUGCAGGAGUUUGGGAUCCAUACUGGAUGCCACCAGCAAGCAUCAGCUCAUCAUUAGAGUACGCUGCCACUGCUGUCUUCACUACUGAAGAACCUUCCUCUUCUUCUGAUGAAGAACUGGUUGAACCAGAAACAACUGAGACACCAGAAGAGCCUGUAGAGAGUUCAACUGAGCCAUUAAUCACCACUGCACCUACGACCACCACCACUGACAACCCAUACGCCACUUACCCUACUGUUGCAAGAACCGCUUCCAUCAACGGCUUCGCCGACAGGAUCUACGACCAGUUGCCAGAGUGUGCCAAGCCAUGCAUGUUCCAAAACACAGGAAUCACACCAUGUCCAUACUGGGACACGGGAUGUCUUUGUAUCAUGCCCCAGUUCCAAGGCUUAGUCGGACAAUGUAUCGCUGACAACUGUCGUGGCGAGGAUGUGCUCGACGCUAGAUCGUUGGCUACCUCUAUAUGUUCCAGUGCAGGAGUUUGGGAUCCAUACUGGAUGCCACCAGCAAGCAUCAGCUCAUCAUUAGAGUACGCUGCCACUGCUGUCUUCACUACUGAAGAACCUUCCUCUUCUUCUGAUGAAGAACUGGUUGAACCCGAAACAUCUGAGGCACCAGAAGAGCCUGUAGAAAGUUCAACUGAGCCAUUGAUCACCACUGCACCUACGACCACCACCACUGACAACCCAUACGCCACUUACCCUACUGUUGCCAGAACCGCUUCCAUCAACGGCUUCGCCGACAGGAUCUACGACCAGUUGCCAGAGUGUGCCAAGCCAUGCAUGUUCCAAAACACGGGAAUCACACCAUGUCCAUACUGGGACACGGGAUGUCUCUGCAUCAUGCCCCAGUUCCAAGGCUUAGUCGGACAAUGUAUCGCUGACAACUGUCGCGGUGAAGAUGUGCUCGACGCUAGAUCGUUGGCUACCUCUAUAUGUUCCAGUGCAGGAGUCUGGGAUCCAUACUGGAUGCCACCAGCAAGCAUCAGCUCAUCAUUAGAGUACGCUGCCACUGCUGUCUUCACUACUGAAGAACCUUCCUCUUCUUCUGAUGAAGAACUGGUUGAACCAGAAACAACUGAGACACCAGAAGAGCCUGUAGAGAGUUCAACUGAGCCAUUAAUCACCACUGCACCUACGACCACCACCACUGACAACCCAUACGCCACUUACCCUACUGUUGCAAGAACCGCUUCCAUCAACGGCUUCGCCGACAGGAUCUACGACCAGUUGCCAGAGUGUGCCAAGCCAUGCAUGUUCCAAAACACGGGAAUCACACCAUGUCCAUACUGGGACACGGGAUGUCUUUGUAUCAUGCCCCAGUUCCAAGGCUUAGUCGGACAAUGUAUCGCUGACAACUGUCGCGGUGAAGAUGUGCUCGACGCUAGAUCGUUGGCUACCUCUAUAUGUUCCAGUGCAGGAGUUUGGGAUCCAUACUGGAUGCCACCAGCAAGCAUCAGCUCAUCAUUAGAGUACGCUGCCACUGCUGUCUUCACUACUGAAGAACCUUCCUCUUCUUCUGAUGAAGAACUGGUUGAACCAGAAACAACUGAGACACCAGAAGAGCCUGUAGAGAGUUCAACUGAGCCAUUAAUCACCACUGCACCUACGACCACCACCACUGACAACCCAUACGCCACUUACCCUACUGUUGCCAGAACCGCUUCCAUCAACGGCUUCGCCGACAGGAUCUACGACCAGUUGCCAGAGUGUGCCAAGCCAUGCAUGUUCCAAAACACGGGAAUCACACCAUGUCCAUACUGGGACACGGGAUGUCUCUGCAUCAUGCCCCAGUUCCAAGGCUUAGUCGGACAAUGUAUCGCUGACAACUGUCGCGGUGAAGAUGUGCUCGACGCUAGAUCGUUGGCUACCUCUAUAUGUUCCAGUGCAGGAGUUUGGGAUCCAUACUGGAUGCCACCAGCAAGCAUCAGCUCAUCAUUAGAGUACGCUGCCACUGCUGUCUUCACUACUGAAGAACCUUCCUUUUCUGAUGAAGAACUAGUUGAACCCGAAACAUCUGAGGCACCAGAAGAGCCUGUAGAGAGUUCAACUGAGCCAUUAAUCACCACUGCACCUACGACCACCACCACUGACAACCCAUACGCCACUUACCCUACUGUUGCAAGAACCGCUUCCAUCAACGGCUUCGCCGACAGGAUCUACGACCAGUUGCCAGAGUGUGCCAAGCCAUGCAUGUUCCAAAACACAGGAAUCACACCAUGUCCAUACUGGGACACGGGAUGUCUUUGUAUCAUGCCCCAGUUCCAAGGCUUAGUCGGACAAUGUAUCGCUGACAACUGUCGUGGCGAGGAUGUGCUCGACGCUAGAUCGUUGGCUACCUCUAUAUGUUCCAGUGCAGGAGUUUGGGAUCCAUACUGGAUGCCACCAGCAAGCAUCAGCUCAUCAUUAGAGUACGCUGCCACUGCUGUCUUCACUACUGAAGAACCUUCCUCUUCUUCUGAUGAAGAACUGGUUGAACCCGAAACAUCUGAGGCACCAGAAGAGCCUGUAGAAAGUUCAACUGAGCCAUUGAUCACCACUGCACCUACGACCACCACCACUGACAACCCAUACGCCACUUACCCUACUGUUGCCAGAACCGCUUCCAUCAACGGCUUCGCCGACAGGAUCUACGACCAGUUGCCAGAGUGUGCCAAGCCAUGCAUGUUCCAAAACACGGGAAUCACACCAUGUCCAUACUGGGACACGGGAUGUCUCUGCAUCAUGCCCCAGUUCCAAGGCUUAGUCGGACAAUGUAUCGCUGACAACUGUCGCGGUGAAGAUGUGCUCGACGCUAGAUCGUUGGCUACCUCUAUAUGUUCCAGUGCAGGAGUUUGGGAUCCAUACUGGAUGCCACCAGCAAGCAUCAGCUCAUCAUUAGAGUACGCUGCCACUGCUGUGUUCACCACCGAAGCUGAGGUGACUCCGUCAUCAGAUGCGGCAGAGAGUGCUGUUGAAACGGAAUUCUCUAUUCCGACAGGAACUGUUGACCCAGUCGAAGAAUUUAGACUCGUUGGUGUUUUGGGUGGUAUGGUGACCUCCUUCAUCACCGAUGGUUUCCGUAUACAGCUAGGUAAUGGAACUGAGCUUAGUUUUACCAUUGAAGACGGCUAUCUCAAAAUAUCUGAAACCGAAUACGUGGAAGUAGGACCCAAUGGUGCACUUUUGAUCUCGACAAGAGAGUUUGCUACAAGAGGAUGGGGCAUGGACGAAAACAGAUUAACUUACACUCCUGAAGCUGUUCUUGUUAAGCGUGAAGAUGAGGCAUCAUUUAAUGCCUGCCCUGCUGAUGAAAAUUUUGAUUUGUUCGUUGGUGAAGGCACUGGAUGUAUGCCAGUUGAAGUGUUUGCUGAAAACAUUGUUGACGAAACUGCUGAAUCUAGUGCAUCCGCACCUGCAGAGGAGACAGAGGAACCCGAGUCCCAAACUGUUGAAUCUACAAGUAAUACCGAUGAGAGCAAUUCAACAGACGUAACCACACCAGCAUCCGAAUCAACUGAGACACCAGAAGAGCCUGUAGAGAGUUCAACUGAGCCAUUAAUCACCACUGCACCUACGACCACCACCACUGACAACCCAUACGCCACUUACCCUACUGUUGCCAGAACCGCUUCCAUCAACGGAUUCGCCGACAGGAUCUACGACCAGUUGCCAGAGUGUGCCAAGCCAUGCAUGUUCCAAGACACGGGAAUCACACCAUGUCCAUACUGGGACACGGGAUGUCUCUGCAUCAUGCCCCAGUUCCAAGGCUUAGUCGGACAAUGUAUCGCUGACAACUGUCGCGGCGAGGAUGUGCUCGACGCUAGAUCGUUGGCUACCUCUAUAUGUUCCAGUGCAGGGGUCUGGGAUCCAUACUGGAUGCCACCAGCAAGCAUCAGUUCGUCAUUAGAAGCAGCCGCUGCGACUGCCGUUUCUGCCGAGCCAACUGAUGAUGGAAGCUUAACAAGCGUCGAAGCCCCAUCCAACUCGGCCACUGAUUCUGUCAAUACUGAGGCAACUGGAGAAGCUAGUAGUGAUUCUCAGAACACCGACACUGAACCAAAUCAAGGAUCAUCAUCCACUACCGAAGAAGACACUUUGAUCACUUCGGCACCAGCAACCAGCACUGACAACCCAUACGCCACUUACCCUACUGUUGCCAGAACCGCUUCCAUCAACGGAUUCGCCGACAGGAUCUACGACCAGUUGCCAGAGUGUGCCAAGCCAUGCAUGUUCCAAGACACGGGAAUCACACCAUGUCCAUACUGGGACACGGGAUGUCUCUGCAUCAUGCCCCAGUUCCAAGGCUUAGUCGGACAAUGUAUCGCUGACAACUGUCGCGGCGAGGAUGUGCUCGACGCUAGAUCGUUGGCUACCUCUAUAUGUUCCAGUGCAGGAGUUUGGGAUCCAUACUGGAUGCCACCAGCAAGCAUCAGUUCGUCAUUAGAAGCAGCCGCUGCGACUGCCGUUUCUGCCGAGCCAACUGAUGAUGGAAGCUUAACAAGCGUCGAAGCCCCAUCCAACUCGGCCACUGAUUCUGUCAAUACUGAGGCAACUGGAGAAGCUAGUAGUGAUUCUCAGAACACCGACACUGAACCAAAUCAAGGAUCAUCAUCCACUACCGAAGAAGACACUUUGAUAACUUCGGCACCAGCAACCAGCACUGACAACCCAUACGCCACUUACCCUACUGUUGCCAGAACCGCUUCCAUCAACGGAUUCGCCGACAGGAUCUACGACCAGUUGCCAGAGUGUGCCAAGCCAUGCAUGUUCCAAGACACGGGAAUCACACCAUGUCCAUACUGGGACACGGGAUGUCUCUGCAUCAUGCCCCAGUUCCAAGGCUUAGUCGGACAAUGUAUCGCUGACAACUGUCGCGGUGAAGAUGUGCUCGACGCUAGAUCGUUGGCUACCUCUAUAUGUUCCAGUGCAGGAGUUUGGGAUCCAUACUGGAUGCCACCAGCAAGCAUCAGUUCGUCAUUAGAAGCAGCCGCUGCGACUGCCGUUUCUGCCGAGCCAACUGAUGAUGGAAGCUUAACAAGCGUCGAAGCCCCAUCCAACUCGGCCACUGAUUCUGUCAAUACUGAGGCAACUGGAGAAGCUAGUAGUGAUUCUCAGAACACCGACACUGAACCAAAUCAAGGAUCAUCAUCCACUACCGAAGAAGACACUUUGAUAACUUCGGCACCAGCAACCAGCACUGACAACCCAUACGCCACUUACCCUACUGUUGCCAGAACCGCUUCCAUCAACGGAUUCGCCGACAGGAUCUACGACCAGUUGCCAGAGUGUGCCAAGCCAUGCAUGUUCCAAGACACGGGAAUCACACCAUGUCCAUACUGGGACACGGGAUGUCUCUGCAUCAUGCCCCAGUUCCAAGGCUUAGUCGGACAAUGUAUCGCUGACAACUGUCGUGGCGAGGAUGUGCUCGACGCUAGAUCGUUGGCUACCUCUAUAUGUUCCAGUGCAGGAGUUUGGGAUCCAUACUGGAUGCCACCAGCAAGCAUCAGCUCAUCAUUAGAAGCAGCCGCCGGAACUGCAGGCGUUGAAGUUAGUACAACCGAUAGCGAUAGCGGUUCCAGUGUUCAAUCUGAAUUCCCAUCAAGCUCAAGUGUAGACUCACUGGUGCCUGAACCUACUGAUUCACCAUCAACUGGAGGUAUCUUUACCGUGUUGGUCAAUUUCAACGGUGCAGUCACUAGCUUUGAAGGCAAUGGUACUCACAUCAAACUUUUCGAUGGAGUUGAAGCUGAGUUUAGAAUUGAAGAUGGUUUGCUCUUCGUUUUGGGCCAAGGUUACAUUCACAUUGGAGCACAGGGCAAACUUGUUAUUGGUGAAAGAGAAGAUGCUACCCCAGGCUGGAACCUUGACCUUCUCAGCUUGACAUUCACUCCGGAAGUUGACUCUAUAAACAAACGUGAAGAUGUUGAAUUUUAUGCAUGUCCUGCAGAAGUCGGUUGGGACGUCAGUAUUGAAGAUGGUGAAGGGUGUAUAUUGCUCGAGUUCGCCGUGGCUUCUACUCCUGAACCAAUUACCUCGUCUAGUGAACUAGGUGCAACAUCUGAGGCUAGCGAUUCUUCGAUUAGUACCAGUGGUCCUGGUCCACAAACUCAAGUUGAUGGGUCAUCGCAACAACCAGCAACACCAUCUGAGACUAGUGAAUCCACCACGACCAUUGCAGCAGGAGCAACAACAACCACGUCCCAGACGGUGGUAACUACUGAUGCCGCGGGACAAGUGUCGACAUACACGACAACGUUUGCGGUAACUAUAACCAGUCAGGUUUGUGAUCAAGCAUGUGCAAGUUCAGUUCAAGCCGGGGCAAGCUCCAUACAAUCUAGUGCAGCAGCGGCUCAAUCAACCGUCACCGUGGAAAUUGAACACAUCAUUACUGUAGUUGUCUCAUGUGAGUCAGCAAUACUGUCAUUGGAAUCGGUUAAAGCAAGUGCAGAGCAAGUAACACAAACGGUUGUGGUUCAAAGCUGUGAAAGUGCCAUUAGUUCGAUAAGUCUGGUUGCUGCUGGCGCACAGAGUAGCUUACAGGAAUUGGUCAAGAGUGAAGAAUCAUUGGCUUCGGUACAAACUUCUGCUGCGGCAGUUCAACAAAGUGCAGCACAAGCACAAGUUAGUGCUGCUGAAGCUGCUGGUACGUCUAGUGAACCUAUUGCCCAGGCUCAAGCUGCUGUAACUCAUGCAUCUUUAGCUAGUGCUUCUGCUGCCGAGGCAGCUCAAGCUGUUUCACAAGUUAAAGAGACACUUGCCGACUUGGGCAUAACUUUGUCGACUACUACUGUACAUCAGACUGUCUAUGUUACCGAAGAAGGAAGCCCAGUUCAAACUGCUGGAGCGGGAGAAGAAGGCUCAGUUCAAGGUCAAGUACAGGGUCAAGUACAAGGUCAAACUGUUGCUGGGGAAGCUGGAAGUUCCACUUUGUCGACCAGCGCAAUUGCAGGAACUACAAAUGCUGUAGGAGGAGACGAAGUUCCAGACGUGGCGUUAGCCAAUGCUGGUGAUCACCAGUUCAAGAUUUUCAAGAGAAUGCUUGUAUCAUUAUUGGCUAUUACUGGAGCAAUGAUAAUCUAG